AUGUUGGGAUCCGCAAAAUCCUACUUCUUCCAGAAGGCUGCGAACAGUACUUUCCAGUACGCGAAAGAGAACCCUGGAGCUGCGGCAGCUAUGGGAGCAGCCGGUAUCAUGGUAGCCGCGCCAGCUGCUGCGAUUGCUGGCUUUGGGGCGAACGGAAUAGCUGCAGGAUCUGUGGCUGCAGGCGUGCACGCCGGAAUCGGCAAUGUCGCGGCACAAAGCAGUUUUGCAAUACUACAAAGCUAUGGGAUGGCUGGGUAUGGAGUUCCUGUCGUUCACGGUAUCGUCCAGGCUGCUGGUGCAGUGAUGGGCGCUGGAACAGCUUACUCUGGAACAAAAGGGGAUACGAAGUGUGACGAAAAGAAGUCCUCAGAUGGUAGCAAGAAGGUGGAAGUGUUCAACACUGUAUACACGGCUACUUCAUCAGAGAUUGGUGCCACUUCAAAUGGUUCUUUUGGUCUCACUCUCAAAUCCGUUCCUCCCGGCUAG